GGUUCCCGGCAACCCCUGCGGCGGCCGCUGAAGGUGAGCCGGGCGGUAUGGCGUUCUGCGCUCCCCCGGCCUACCUGACCCACCGGCAGAAGGUGCUGCGGCUCUAUAAGCGCGCGCUGCGCCACCUCGAGUCAUGGUGUAUCCACAGGGACAAAUACCGGUACUUUGCUUGUUUGAUGAGAGCCCGCUUUGAAGAACAUAAGAAUGAGAAGGAUAUGAUGAGAGCUAACCAGCUGCUGAGGGAGGCGGAAGAAGAAUUCUGGGAGAAUCAGCACCCUCAGCCGUAUAUCUUCCCAGACUCUCCUGGGGGCACUUCCUAUGAGAGAUAUGAGUGCUACAAGGCUCCAGAAUGGUGCUUAGAUUACUGGCAUCCUUCUGAGAAAGCAAUGUAUCCUGAUUACUUUUCCAAGAGAGAGCAGUGGAAGAAACUGAGAAUGGAGAGCUGGGACCGGGAGGUUAAGCAGCUGCAGGAGGAAACACCACCUGAUGGUAUUAUGACUGAAGCUUUGCCUCCUGCCAGAAAGGAAGGUGACUUGCCCCCAUUGUGGUGGCAUAUUGUGACCAGACCUCGGGAACGGCCCACAUAGAACACCUCACUGUUCAUGCUUGCAAGUGAGAGUUACAGAACAUGUUCACACUUGCCCUAAUAAAAAUAACUGGACACAGUCGGCCAUGACUGAAGUGUUCUUCCAAGGA